AUGUUGGGACCUUCAUCAAGUGGUUUUAGUUGGAAUAAGGAAGUAAAGUGUGUUGUUGCUGAAAAAAGUGUGUUUGAUGAGUGGAUUAAGAGCCAUCCAAAUGCAAAGGCCAUAAGGAAUAAAGGAUUUCCUCAUUAUGAAGACUUGGUUACUGUAUUUGGGAAGGAUCGUACAAAUGGGCAAGGAUCUAUGGGAUUUUCUGAAAUAAUUGACGAGAUUAAUAAAGAGGUAGACAAUGAUAAAAAUUCUAGGUUUGAUCAUUUAUCUCCAAUAGAUGAUCUUAUUGGUAAUGCAACCAAUAGUCACACAAGCACGGUGACAAUUUCAGCACAGUCAAGUAACAAAACUAGAAAGAAAUCUAGGAAUGAAGAUCCAUUGGUCGAGGUAAUGACUGACUCAGUGAAAAAAUUUGGUGACAUACAAGUUGUUGCAAGUGAUAGUAUUCGAAGAAUUUCUCAUUGUUUCCAGUUUAAGACAGAAGGUGCUACUAGAAGGAUGAAAGUGUUUGAUGAACUGAAAAAAAAAUAUUGA